AUACGUUCUUCUUGCUUCUAAUCUUUAAUAAACGCAUGUAUAACAAAAGGAAAAGGCUUUUGAAAGAAAGCACCCUACAUUCGGAUGACGGCAUAGACGCAUUGCUUGGUGGCCGUGCAUCACCUCACGAUCUUUCUAUUUCAGAAAAUGGCAGCAAUCUAUCAUUUCACGAUGAUCAGGAGCUUCCCGAUCGCCGCUUCAGUUUUACGAGUAACAGCAGCAGCAGUGGCUUUGUUCAUCCAUCACGACUUAAUCACCCUUCAGAAGAGGAAAGACGAACACCAGACACAGUACGAAGAGCACUUUUUGGAGAAAGUCAGCAGCCAACAACGUCCGAUGUCUAUAAGCCACGUCAAAGAGAAAAGAAACGUCGCCCUGGUAUGGCUUACAAACCAGUUCAAUUUGGUUAUAGAACCGAUCUGGUCAAUAGAAAUUCAAGAAAUCAAGGUUUUACAGAGUUUGAGUAUGACGAAGACAUGAAGAAGAAGAUAGCCAAAAACACAGAAUGGAAAGCUAUACCAGAUAAAGUACGAACACAAAUGAGAAACAUAUUAUCUGAAAGCUACAAUGCCACUUUAAUGAAGGCAUCACAGUAUGCGGUGACUGAAGCAGGGGCCAGUCGUUUGCGUGCUGAAGGAGAGAGAAUUUUGAAGCCUAUUGCAUUAGAGAUUGAUCGAAAAGUGCACAUGACUCUGCUUCCAGGAACCGUGUCCAAAGAGCUGUUGGAUCCUCAUCUUCCCAUAAAAACUGCAGAGUGUGACGAGAAGAUUUCACAAUUGUUAGAACAUGCCGCAGAAUUACGUAUGAAAGUUGAAGAAAAGCGAAAAGAAGUGGAAGAGAAAAAAGCCCUUGUAAAGAAAUUGAAAGAAAAGAAGCUUGCCGCAAAACAAAGAGAGGUAAAAAGAGACAAGGAAUGACCAAGAAAAAAAAAACAACCCAUUAACGCGUCGUUACAUUUAGGAGCAAACAGACAUCUACCAA